GCACGUUUGGUGUGCCCCUAGAAGUUCUAGUUGAGAGAUAUGGUGUGGACUCGGUACUAGGAGCAGGGCCUGGUCGAAUAAGAGCCCCUAGUUUUAUAGACGACAGCAUAUCAGCUAUGAAAACAAUGGACAUGUCUGUUGAGGGCAUAUUCCGUAAGAAUGGCAACAUUCGACGUCUAAAGGAUCUCAGCGAAGCCAUUGACAGAAAUCCUUCAUCAGUUAAUCUCUCCGAAGAUAAUCCAGUUCAAGUUGCCGCGUUAAUGAAAAAGUUUCUUCGUGACUUGCCUGAUCCACUUCUUACCUUCAAGUUACACAAGCUUUUUAUAGUAUCACAAAGACUUCUAAAUGAAUCAGAUCGAAAGAAAGCUCUUCACUUAACGUGUUGUCUUCUACCUAAGGUUAAUCGUGACACAAUGGAGGUGCUUUUUAUAUUUUUCAAAUGGGUGGCUUCCUUUUCACAUGUAGAUGAAGAAACGGGUAGUAAGAUGGAUUUACAUAACCUUGCAACAGUAAUUACUCCUAACAUCUUAUAUUCAAAGUCAAAGGAUCCUAUCAAGGAUGACUCAUUUUUAGCAAUCGAAGCAGUUCAUAGCUUAUUGAAGUAUCAAGACGAUUUCUGGGUGGUUCCUGAAGAUUUGGCUGCUGCUUUACGCGAUCAAGAACUAAUCAAUAAUCCUGAGAGGUUAACACCAAAAGAUAUUAUGAAACGUUGCGAAAAUCUUGUCAAAUCACAAAAGUCACAACCUCAGACUAAUAACUAUGCUAAUAGUAAUAGUGACGAAAUUUCUAGUGAUGGUGACUAUUCGAUUGUACAAAUACCAGAUCAUCAUCCUUAUCAAAAACAGGCAGACCAAGGAGGAGCAAGUAAUCAUGAUGACUCGAAUCUACAUGGUUCAUCGUCAUCUUUGGUUAAUGAAGUUUCUAUUCCGAUGUCGUUAUGUAAAAGAGAACCAUCACCAGGGACGGGAAUUAAUGAGGAAAUGCAAUCUAAUUUACGAACUUCGGAACUG